AACAACUUCCUGCCCGCCUGCCAGAACGUCACCGCCCAGGCCAACAUCAUGGACCUGUACAACGUCAACAUCAACUUCGACAAGAUCUCCCAGCGCGUCAAGAACUGCACCUACAAGGCCUACGCCGCCGCCCGUUACUUCGGCUGGCAGUACAGCUCCGAGAACUUCGUCAACCCCAAGAACUCCCACAACAACAAGGUCGAGCUUGAGCUCCGCUUCGCCCCCAACAUGAAGUCCGCCAACCUGUCCAUCGACGCUCCCGCCAUGAGCGCCGAGUUCAACAACGUCCGCCUGAACCACUGGGUUGCCCGUGCCGCCGCUGUCCACCCCAUGUACAGCCAGAGCCAGCUCCUCGUCUCCAAGGCCCUGAAGGGUGGCUACCCCAUGUGCGUUGUUGACAAGACCGCCGCCAACACCUUCGACAACAAGACCUACCCCCUGAACCUCGGCAACAACUGGCACGUCAUGAUGCAGUCCGUCCCCAAGGUCAACGCCGACUCCAGCUCCAGCUCCUCCAGCCAGGAGGACGCUACCGACAAGGUCGCCGUCCUGGUCCGUGACGCCAGCAGCUCCCACGACCAGAAGGAGCUGAAGGUCAUCCUCGACGAGAACGUCAUUGACUUCACCCCCGCCUCUGGCUACUCCAACAUCAAGUACAACGGCCACUCCGUGUCCUUCUCCUCCAACACCGGCGCCCAGAUCCAGGACCAGUCUGGCGACAUCCUGGCCCAGGUCUUCCCCAUGCCCGCCAACACCAUCAAGGUCUACUUCCCCCAGCAGAAGCUGGAGAUCCUGUACGACGGUAACCGUAUCGCCCUGAUCGUCGGCCAGACCUACCGUGGUGAGGUCCGCGGUCUCUGCGGUACUUUCAACGGCGAGGAGGUCAGCGACUUCACCGCCCCCCGCAACUGCGUCCUCAAGAACGCUCAGCAGUUCGCCGCCUCCUGGGCCAUCAACCCCUCCGGUGCCGUCAAGGAGCAGCAGCAGAAGGCCAACCAUGCCGCCUGCUUCCCCGAGCGCAUCCUGUACGGUGACGUUAUCAGCGACAACGAGGCCGGCCGCUACCAGCCCCGCCACAGCCGCAGCUCCAGCAAGUCCCACAAGUCCAGCAGCUCCUCCCGCAAGUCCUCCCCCAAGACCGCCGCCGGCUGCACCAGCCACCGCGUCAAGGUCAUCGAGCAGGACGGCCAGAUCUGCUUCUCUCUGCGCCCCCAGCCCGCCUGCAACGCCCACUGCCAGCCCACCCAGAAGGUCGAGAAGAAGAUCGACUUCCACUGCGUGUCUGACAGCUCCGCUUCCCGUCACUGGGCCCAGAUGAUCAAGAAGGGUGCCAACCCCGACUUCAGCCAGAAGGGCGCCAACAAGUCCCUCAAGGUCAACAUCCCUGAGAGCUGCCGCGCUUGAGUAGAUUUACAUUAUGUGAUGUGUUUAAAUAAAAAGUAAAACACAGCAAAA